UUGAGGUCCCAAACGGCUCCCAUCGCACGAAAUUCACCCAGUAGCCGUUGACGGCUCUUUAGGUGACGGAUUGAGUCCAGAAUCAACAAUUUUCUUUUCCCGUUUUCGUUUAUUUUUUUAGGGGGGGAAAAGGAACAAGAAAGAGGUUAGAAAGCUACACCGUAGCAGCGAAGCUAAGCUUAUUCUGCGAUACAUCCUCGAGACAAGUCGGGACAAGACCAGUCUCAGGGCUCACCAUACUCAAUGAGCGGACAGCGCAAUGUCAGAGCGCUCUGGGCAAACUGCAAAGGGGAAGGAAGGCAAAACCAAGUAUGCGUCUCUCAACUUGUUUGAUACAUACAAAGGAAAGAGCCUUGAAGCACAAAAGCCUGUUGUUCCCCCCCGCCAUGGCCUGCAGUCUCUUGGUAAAGUUGCCUCCGCGCGGCGCAUGCCACCACCUGCCAACCUGCCCAGUCUGAAGGCGGAGAACAAAGGCAACGACCCCAACGUCUCGCUCGUUCCCAAAGACGGCACAGGAUGGGCAAGCAAACAGGAACCAGCAGACCCAAAGAGUACCGAUGCAUUGUCAGCACCGCAGCCGGAAUCGCAGCAGCCUGUGGCUUCACAGAUAGCUGCACCGACCCGCCCGAGAACCCCACCAAUUUCAGAGGCUCUGGCCCCACCUUCAACACAGGCCGUAGGGGCAAGGUCGUGGGCACAGGCCAGCGUUACACAUGGAACACAAGGGGAUGGUGGAAAGGGAUCAAACCUACCGUCGCCGUUCUCUCGCGAGGAAUUUCCCACCCUGCAGUCGGCUGGCGACCAGGACAAAGCUGGCAGAGAACCGGCCACUGCAGAUCAGUGGUAUGGGCCCGGACCAAGCCUCCGCCCCCAGAACGUUACAAGUUGGCGGGACGGUGGGGGCCGAGCCUUGGCGCCCACCCUGCCUGGGGAGGGGGCAGCGGAGGGGGGCACAGGUGGAGCGCUGGUGAUGGAUGGGGCAGCUGGGGUCCCCCAUCCAAACCCCCAGAUCCAAGGGCCACCUAGGAAUCCCCCUGCAGGCAGCCCCGCCUUGCCCCUGCCCCAGCCCCCCGUGGGGCCCGGGUUUCCUCCAUUUCGAGGGAUCAUGCCACCCUUCAUGUAUCCCCCCUAUCUCCCGUUCCCGGGCCCCUAUGGCCCUCAGGGGCCCUACAGGUACCCGCCACCUGGGGAGGGGCCACCUCCAAGGUUCUCUCGUGGACAGGGGCCUGACAGCAGGGCCCAGGGCGGCCCUCGGGAUUCAGGGGAAAUGGUGAAACGCCCCUCCAUCUUGAAGCAGGACGACCUGAAGGAGCUGGAUGAGCUGGAUCACGACGGAGACGAUGGCUGGGCAGGGGCGAAUGAGGAGAUUGAUUACUCCGCCAAGCUGAAAUUCAGUGACGAUGAAGCUGAAGAAGAGGGAGACGAAGACAAAAGGGAGAGCAAGAAUGACUCGCGGUACGUGAACAAUGAGCAGCAGAGGUCCCAGGACGCUCCCGCUGCAAACUCUCACUCCCGAGCCUCGGACAGCGGCGGGGAAAGUCGCCACACGCCUCCCUCGAACGCUGACGGAGCCCCACAGCCCCCCUCCAGCAAGCCAGGAUGGGCCGAGGAGGGAAGCAGCGGCUGGGGAAACCAGGGGGCGCCUUCCAGCUAUCAGGGGCGCAGGCCUGGAUUGGGUGGCCCCCGGGAGCAGCCCUCCCCCCCACCUGGGCCGCUCCUCGGACCAGGGCCCUACUCCUUUUAUCGACAGGACCGGCCGCACGGUCAGGGUUCGCUCCUCGGCCCGGGAAAACCCGCCGCUGCCGCCGCCCAGCUCCAGCCAGCAUCAGCGGGUCCGGCCGCCUCCUCUCAGCCCGGCCUGCUGGUCCACGGCUCCCAGGGAGAUGACGAAGACGAGACCUGGCGUCAGCGCCGGCAGCAGUCCUCCUCUGAGAUCUCUGCGGCCGUUGAGCGAGCCCGUCGCCGACGCGAGGAGGAGGAACGCAGGAUGGAGGAGGAGCGACGGGCCGCCUGCGCCGAGAAGCUGAAGAGGCUCGACGAGAAGCAGCAGCAGCAGCAGCAGCAGGGCAGCGGCCCGGCAGCCGCCGCCGGCAGCAGCAAGACCCCCGGCCUCGACGGGAACUCUACCGCUGCUACGGCCGGCAGCCCCAGUCCGUCGAUUUCAGCGUCCUCCCCGAAUAUCAGCCAGCCGGCCUCCCCCUGCAUGGACCCCGAAGAGCCUCCGGUGCUGGCAGCCCAGUCCGGGUCCGGCUCUGGAGCGAGCGACCGCCGGCGAGCCAGCAGCAACAGCAGCUACGACUCCACUGCAGAUGUCCAGCAGUGUCCCCAGCCAGCUGUGUCCCAGCCACAGCAGCCCACUCUGGAUGUCCCUCCGUCAGUGGAGAGUAAGGAAGAGUCCGCAGGCAGUCCUCACGUCCGUGCAGGAAGUGGCAGUGAAAGAGGCGUUGAGCCGGUGAAGAUGGAGAGUUCUGGUGUAGGAGUGGGCCGUCAAGCCGGCGGUCUUCCUGGCCAGGGUUACUCCAAGUACCAGAAGUCUCUACCGCCUCGCUUUCAGAGGCAGCAGCAGGAGCAGCUUCUGAAGCAGCAGCAGCAGUGGCAGCAGCAGCAGCAGCACAGUCAGGCUUCCCAGAGUCAGCUGUCCCCCCAGCCCCAGGCGCCUCAGGGUCCGUCCCCAGGCUCCACCCCCCAGCCGGGCCCUGGGCCAAAGCAGGGCGGACCCCUCUAUCAGCCAGGCAGCAUGGUGCGACCUCCACCUCUGCCCAUGAAUUUUGAUCCUCGCUGGAUUAUGAUGCCCUACAUGGACCCUCGCGUGAUGCAAGGUCGCCCUCCUCCCAUGGAAUAUUAUUCAGCUGGCAUGCACCCGUCUGGAAAAAAUAAUUUCACUAUUGCAGGGCUUAUUGGUCGUGAGCGAUCCGAUUCAGGCGGCUCUGGUUCAGAACCUUUCGACAGGCAGCAGCAGCAUCCUGGCCACCCUCACCGUGGGACCCCCCCUAUAGACCCAAAGCUGGCCUGGGGGCCGGAGGUGUUCCCUGGAGGAGCGGAUAACCGCGGCCUGACGUCUCCGUUGAGACAGAAGCAGGAGGAGGAGGAUGUGGGGAAAGGGCCCAGAAGUGACACUCCUCCACACCGCCUGCGCGACGGAGGACUGGGACCAGUUCAGCAGCCCAGCUCAUCAUCUGGGACCUCCAGUCAAACUCCUCCUCCUCCCGUUGGUGUGCAAGUUGGCAGCCAGGGAGGCACACACCACCCUCAUCACUACAUCGGAGGGCGGGGCAACUACAGCAACUUCCCCGACCAGGGUGCAAGGAUGCCUCCCCACCCGCAGCAGAGGCAGGGCGAAAGAGGCAACCAGCCCCACGGCUUCACCCAUCCAGAUGACGGGCCUUCUCGAGGGCCUCAGCAGGUGCAGAUAUGGGGAGCCCCACAUUCUCAUUACGACCGUAACGGCCGUGCAGACCUCCCCACCAUGGAGGGCAGCGCUCAUCUUCCCCACCACCACAGCCACCACCAUCAACAGCCUCAGUUCCCCCUUAACCCCCACAAAGUAGAAAACAGUCGUGACAGGGGUGGCGAGGCUCCCGCCAAGAAGACGGAUUCUUCUCCACCUCUUCACCAGCCAUCCCUGUCAUCCUCAUGCUCCUCUUCCUCCUCCUCUGCCAGGGAGGAUGGGAAGGCGGCCCAGCAUCACUCGCCACCUCUGAGGGAGGGUGAGGCUGUUGUAGGCGAGAGAGGCAGCAACAGUCACAUGAAACCAGACAAACCAGGCCCCACGUUUCUGGCCCAUUCCAACCAAAACCCUCUUCAGCAUGGCGGUCAUAAUCAGACUCAGCAGCAUCCUCACUCUAAAUCAAACCAAAGAGGAGGGCGCGAGCAUAAAACGGAGACGCAGUGGGGCCCACGGCCUGGAAGCAACAGCAUGGGCGGGGGAUCCUCCCACGGCAGGAGGGGUAACAAUGCAGGAGGAGGAAGAGGAGAGGACCCCUCCAGUACUCCAUCAGACCACAAACCCUCCAACCAGACAGGAGGCAGCAACCCCAACAAGAGGGCUGGUCCAAUCAAGAAGCCUCUGCUGAAGGAAAUAAAGAGGGAAGGAGUGGAGGUUGAUGGAGGAGACAAACAAGGCAAGGAGAAAGAGCAAGAUGGCGGCCAACCCGCCUCCAUGAAGCAGGACGCGUCCUCUAUGCCCCAGAAUGCCUCGACUGCAACAAAAGAGGAGCAGAACCAUACAGCUAAAGCCAGGAGUGGAGGGAAAGAACGGGCCUCUGGAGGUGGAGGAGGGUCCGGCAGAGGGUCCAAGGAAGUAGACUCAUUGUCUUCUGGGUUUCCCUCCAGGAGGGACAGAGACCGCUCCUUCGAAAGAGGCGGAAUGCCUGCGAAAGGGGGCAGACCCAGUCGGGGACGAGGAGGAGAGUUCUACCGCGGUGGCCGUGGUUACCGGGGUACGUACACUGCCAGUGCUGGACCAGCUGGCGGCGGUCGUGGUAGGAUGGGAGCACGGAGUGGGAGAGACUACCGCUCCUCUACUGGGGGCGGCCACCACCAAGAAGCCAAGGGUGACGGAUCUGGUGUUCGGCACGGCCAGGACCGGUCUCAGCAUAACCCGGCGAGAGCGAGGAAUCGCAGCGAGACCCGCAGCGAGGGCUCAGAGUAUGAAGAAAUACCCAAGAGGAGGAGGGAGCGAGGUUCGGAAACGGGCAGUGAGAGUGGGGGCAGUGACCUCGGUCACUCUGACAAGGAAGAACACCAGAAACCCAACUCCAAGAACUGUUCAGGGAAUGCCGGAGCCACGGGGAAUGUCUCUUCAGUGGCACCCAGAGUUUCUCAGGCUCGCGUGUUCACCCCCAGGGGGGUUCCCUCUAGAAGGGGCCGGGGUGGAGGCGGCGGAGGGGGAAACAUGUACAGGGGCAGUGGCACCAUUGGAGGGCCUGUUGGGGGUCACCGGGUCGGACCUGGCUCAGGUUCUUACGCCGGGUCAUCAAAGUCUGCCACUUCAGGCCGGAAACAGCAAGGUCCACCUCUGACCUCUGGACCCAAAGAUCUGGGUCGAGGGGGGGGUGCAGGAGAAAAGAAGGACAAGGUGGUAGAUGGAGGUCAGAAUCAAGGGGUCAACCCGCCUCCGCCAUCUUUACCUGCCACGACGCCUCCUGCUGUGGCGUCUGCUGAGAAUGGAGGAGUGAUCAUCCAACAAGCUGCAACCAAUCCCGCCCCGAACUCAAACGCCCCCCCACAUCCUGCGAACCGGGGCCACCCUCCCGGUGGGUUCGACCGACCCCCAAGGCGACGCCGUCAUGGCCGCUCUCAACACCAGCAGGACAAGCCUCCCCGCUUCCGCAGACUGAAGGAGCGAGAGAACGCCGCGCGCAUCAACGGCGGUGUCGGCGUCAUCGGCGGCGGCAGACCUUCGUCUCCUUCCCUGAAUUCGGUUCAGGACAGUAAUGGAGGUCCGGCGGUUGCCCCCGUCGCAGGAAACGCCCCGAACCACGGCUCCACUCUGAGCACCAACAACAACAACAACAGCGGCGGGCAGCCCAACAACACAAACAACCAUCACCACUACAACCAGAGCAACGCUGCCCCAGCCCACGCCCAACACCACCACAACCACGGAGCCAAGUCUCCGGACUUCACCAACCAGAACUCGGACCAGGCCAACGAGGAGUGGGAAACCGCCUCCGAGAGCAGCGACUUCACCGAGUUCAGAGACAGGGACGCCGGAGGGGGGAAGUCCUACGUCUCCCACCAUCACCACCACCCGGGUAGAGGCGGCGGCGGCGGUCUGGUGGAUCGAGAUAUGGCCGGUAAAGAGCCUUCUGCGAAUAAACGAAGCUUCUCCAGCCAGCGUCCCGGGAUGGAGCGACAGAACAGGAGGGUCAGCGCCGGAGGAGGCGGAGGGAGAGGCCCUCGCGGCCCCCCGGGCGGCGGCGGCUCCGGUGCUCCAGCCAACGGAGGUGGCAACCGUGGGGAGAAACGUGGCAACUGGCCAUCGCCCAAAAAUAGGAAGUGAUGGAGUAUUAAGAUGUUUUGUUAGACGAGCCCACACACCCACCCUUCCAUCUUAACCCCUUCUGAUUGUUAUUUCAUGGCUUAUCUGUUGACACCCCUCACACAUUAGUGGAUCGUGCCGUUUUAUGGAGAUGGUAUUCAUACUCACUUCAGCUGUUCCUUUUACAUCCUGCGUACCGUCCGUUUUUGUAGCACUGUCUCUUUGUUUGGUCUUGCUCUCCUUUAGUUCAUGGACCCCCUUUGUUUUGUUUUUAACCGCCCUUUAACAAACACUGAGAAGCAUGUGGCUGUAUCGCUAAGCUAUACAAGCACCAACACGGCAGAAUUAAAAUGUUUGCUUAGAAACCCUGAACAUGUUUGGAUUGGGUUAAUUUUUCUAUUUAUGUGUUCAGUUUCCACCACACUCUGACCUUGGGUGGGACUCGGGUAGCACAGGUCUGCAUUGGUUCCCUCAUGGAGGCAGAAAACUUGUUUUUAAUCUCUUCAGACCAUAAAGGGUUGAGGUUUCUGGUGGCUUUUGUUGCAUUUUUAGUUGGAUUUCAGCCCCACACAUGAACAUAGUUCUGUAAAGCAGGUCAUUAAAUUACUUCCCUGCUCACACUUUCCCCCUAAUUCCUCCAUGAAAAGAUUGUCUGGUCACUCCUCGGUGCUCACCACCACCUGCAUUGAUUUGUCGUUAGUAUAAGUGUUUUUGUUCCUUGUUCAGAUACAUGGUGUGAAUUUUAUUUUUGCUCUAAAUUGUUAACCUGCUCUGACAUUUCAGUAGUUAUUAGUUGCUCAUUUAUUUUUAUUUUUCUCUCUGUAGGAUUUCUUUUUCUGGCCUCACCGUAGCAUAAUCCUUCCCUGCAGAAAUCCCACAGGCUGCAAAAAUCCCCAACUGAAUAUAGUUUGACCAGAUGUGUUUGUGACGACUGUACUGAUAGCAUGAUGGCUUUAUUUUAACAACCAUUAUUUCCUCAGUGAUCGGCGUUUUUGUGUGUGGGUUUUUGUUGGGGUUUUUUCCAAUAUAAUCAAUUCUGACAGGAGAGGGGGAAAAAAAAUCCUUCAUCUAAACGCCAGACUAGAUGGUUAAUGCAAAUGUUUAUUCUUCAGUAGAUAAUCGUAUAUGUUCGAAUAAGCACUCCUUGUAGUAUUUUUGUUUCAUUUUCUUUAUUCUUUCUUUUUUGUUUUGUGGUAACAUGUUCGGGGAUGUUACAGGACAGGUUUCGCCGUCCGGCCCCACAGAACGGAGCCAGUGUUGUACUUUUUUAAACCAAUCCUCCCCUCUUUUCUCCGCUUACUGCCGCCAUGCAGAGAUCCGUCGCUCCUCGAAGGACUCGACGUCUGAGGGAGGAAAGCGAUUUCUCACCCGGCACACAUGCAGACGGGGCGGGCCGUUAACCGGGACAAUGCCGAACAUGUGCAGUUCACACGGUCCGUGGGAUUUUUACUUACAACAACAACAAAAAAAAAUGGUGACCUGGAGUGAUGUAGGAUUACACUCGUAAAAAGUGUUUG